GUGAGUUCUGACUUUUGGGGUGCCCCCCCCAGGUGUGGGACGUGACCACCCAGGACCUGAGCUCGUCCUCCCUGACCCUGGACGGGUUUCGGGGUCUCGUCUUCGUGGGCGGUUUCAGCUACGCCGACGUCCUGGGCUCGGCCAAAGGCUGGGCGGCCGCCGUUCGCUUCAACCCCCACGUGCGAGGAGCCCUCGAGCGAUUCCGGAGCCGCCCCGACACCUUCAGCUUGGGGGUCUGCAAUGGGUGCCAGCUGAUGGCCCUGCUGGGGUGGGUGGGGCCACAGACAGUGUCACCUCUGUCACCUGGGACCCCCCCAGUGUCCCCCCCUGGGUGCCAGCUGAUGACCCUGCUGGGGUGGGUGGGGCCACAGACAGAUGGGGGUGACCCCGCCGUGGUUCUGACCCCCAACGUGUCGGGCCGGUUCGAGUCGCGCUUCGUGACCGUGCGGGUGGAGCCGGGCCCGGCCCUGAUGCUGAGGGGGAUGGAGGGGAGCACCCUGGGCGUCUGGGUGGCACACGGGGAAGGCCGUUUCCAGUUCCGCCCCCCCCACUCUGUGCACACUGGGGUGUCACUGGGAUGUAACUGGGAUGUAACUGGGCUAUCUCAGGGCUCUCUCAGGGCUAUGUAGUCUAUGUAUAACUGC